AUGCCUGUCGCCGGGGCGAGAGCCCUCCUGUCGGCAAAGGCUGGUGUUGCUGCUCCAAGUCGACAAGUACUGCCCCGCGUUGCUGCCGCCUCCGCAUUUCACAUCCAGCAUCAUGGAGCGUUACCACAUCGGACAGUAAAGAGAGGGUUCCAUACCUCCCCUUCUUCUCUCGCCAGGCCCGAAGAUGGAGAGAACAACCCUCCUCCAGCAGCAACAGAGGAGAACCCCCCCAAGAACGACACCACCAACGACAAGAACAAACCCGAGCAACAACCCGAAAACAACAAACCUACCGAAACGGAGCCCGCCCCUGCGCCAGAAACCUCCUCCGCAGCAGCUAUCGCCGCAGCCGCCAAAAGAGCCCAACUCCGCACCUCCGGGUAUGGCUCCGCUCGCGCCCGUGCAAACCGCAUCCCCCGCGUCGAGGAAAUCCCCCAGCUCGAACCAGACGAGUUCUUCCUCGAGAACAAUGUCUCCCUUUAUGAAGACCGCCCCCUCGGAUCCCUCGACACGCUACUCUUCCCCCUCCUAAGCGAGGACCAAGAGCGCAUACUGUCCGAAACAGAAGCCGAGAUCAACGAGCAGGCCUUGUCGGAGAAAGCAGCCGAGUACUACAAGUCAAGGAUGGUGGAACUGGCGGGGGAUAAGGAGGUGCUGGAUAGGCUGGUGGGGAGGUUUCAGAGGGUGUACAAUGCCGCCUUCUUGCAGGUGGUUGCCUUGGGGCAUAAGCCGACGGAUACGCCCGAGAAGGUGCUUGAUGUGAGGGAGCUGAGGGAGUUGGUGACGGAUCAGUAUGAACGGCUUGUGAGCUGGGAGGAGGGGAGGUUGCAGAAGGAGGCGCGGGAGUAUCUUGAGGCGCAUGGGGGGGAGACGGUGAAAAGUUUAUUGUUUGAGAGUCCAUUGUCUAAAAAGCCCGAGUCGGAGUAUUCUGUUUGCAGGGAGUUGCUUGCGGCGGUGAGGUCGCAGUUGCAUACCCCGCCGCCGCCGGGGAUGGGCGGGAUGAAAAGUGAGGCGCGGAGGCCGGUGCAGCUUUUCACGGUUUUGAAUCGUAAGGGGAUGGCGGUUCCGAUGGAGGUGGUGGAUGAUAUUGCGACUGAGCUCGCGGCGGAUGUGGUGCACCUGAGUGCGAUGGAUUUGGGGAGGAUGCUGGGGAAGCAUAUGGGGCAGAAUUUGUAUCUGAACCGGGGGUCGUUGUCGAUGCUGGGGUAUGCGGCCGCGGAGAUGAACGGGAGGACUGUGGCGAGGGCGGAUGCGGAAGGGGAGGAAGGGGGGAUGGCGGGGAUGGUGGCUGUUGCUUUGCCUUCGAGGUUGAGGUCGUAUUUUUCUUCGAGGGGGGAGAGCACGGCGGGGAUGGGACUGGAUGGGAAGUGGGAUGAUCUCAAGCUUACGAAUGCGCUGAGUGCAUUGAUCGAGGCGGCGGAUGUCAAACGGGGGAUGAGAGAUGGGGAGACGGAGCAGAGGGAUCUGAUUGUGCAUAUUCAUGAUUAUGUCGAGAUUGGGGCGCUGCAGAGCUCGCUUCUGAACAAGAUCAGGACGAUUGUUGAUCGGAUGUGGCAUAAUGGGAGGAGGGCGGUGAUUGUGGCUUCUUCGGCGAGCGAGUUGAAGAACUCGGGGGGGCAGUGGCGGGAUCAAAUUGCAGAGAUUGGCCGUGAGGGGACGCAUAUCAUUCCGUUUUAUUCUCACGAGCAUCAACACGAGGAGGGAGCUUCGGAGAAUGUGCUGGACAACUUGAUGAACAUCGGGGAGAUGGUGCAAGCCAUGAUGGGUGCUGAUGCCGAUGUCAUCUUCCACAGGCAAUUACUCCGUAACAAGCCUUUGUUAUACAUGAACUGGACAGGGACCGAGAAGGACAAGAGGCUUGUGAACCUGCUUAAACAGCAUGUUUUUGAUGCCCAGUGGGUAUACCGGGUCGCCACCUUGCUUGUUGGGGUCAGGAAGCCAGGUCUCAAGCGCUUUUCGUUCGAUCAUCUGAAGCAUGUCUUGGACUUUAUGUCUGAAAGGGAUGAGCAUUGGAAAAAGAUUGUCCCUGCCGUCAAGCCACCUUACUACUCGCCACUCUUCACACCACGGUCGCCUCAAAUGCCCAAUUUCUUCUCUGGGGGCCCCUCAGACGAGUUUGGGCAGCAGUCCAACGGCCCAUCAGGGACUCUUCCGGGCGGUCUCUUGUCCAAGGACCUCGACCAGCACGAGAAGAAGCUCGCCUCUGGCCUGAUCAACGCGGAGGACAUCCACACAACGUUUGACAACAUCAUCGUCCCGCAAGAGACAAAAGAAUCCCUCAUCGGACUCACCUCCCUCUCCCUCACCCGCCCAGAAGCUUUUACUUAUGGCGUGCUCAAGACUGAGCGCAUCCCGGGUUGCUUGCUCUACGGCCCCCCGGGAACAGGCAAGACCCUCCUCGCCAAAGCAGUAGCCAAAGAAUCGGGCGCAAACAUGCUCGAGGUCUCCGCCGCGUCCAUCAACGACAUGUGGCUGGGUCAAUCAGAGAAGAACGUCCGUGCGAUCUUUUCUCUCGCUCGCAAGUUAGCCCCCAUGGUUAUCUUCCUUGAUGAAGCCGACGCCUUGUUGGGUGCGAGGCAUAACACACCUGGUCGAACCGCCCACCGGGAAACAAUCACGCAGUUUCUCCGAGAAUGGGACGGAAUGUCUGACAUGCGCGCCUUCAUAAUGGUAGCCACCAACCGCCCCUUUGACCUCGACGAGGCGGUCUUGCGGCGGCUGCCGAGGAAGAUACUCGUUGACCUGCCCCUUGGCCCGGAGAGGGAGAAGAUUCUGGGGGUUAUGCUAAAGGAGGAGGUACUCGCAGAGGAUGUCGACCUGGCCCAACUGGCGAAGGAGACGGAUUUGUAUUCCGGCUCUGACCUGAAGAAUCUGUGUGUGUCGGCGGCCAUGGAGGCGGUGAGGCAGGAGGUGAGGGAUAAGGAGGCUUGGGAGAGGGAACGGGCUGCUAAGCUACCGGAAGGGGAGAAGGCGGAGGGGAAAGUGGAGGAGGUUUCAGUGUUUCCCGAGAAGAGGGUGCGGGAGGGGGGGGUGGAGGAGGUUUAUGAGUAUCCGGAGAAGAGGGUGCUGACGAGGAAGCACUUUGAGAAGGGGCUGAGGGAGAUUAGCGCCAGUAUUUCGGAGGAUAUGGAUAGUUUGAAGGCUAUUAGGAAGUUUGAUGAGCAGUAUGGGGAUUCGGGGAGGAGGAAGAAAAAGAAGAGGGGAAUGGGGUUUGAGGUUGUGGGGGAUGGGAAGGUGGUGGGGACGGAGGAGGUUAGGGUUAGGCAGGUUGUUACUGGGGUUUAG